AUGUUUUCAACUUUGUGGUUAGUGGCAGUUUUUCAUAGAGUAUUCCUAUGGCAGUUUAUCUCAUGUCAGGAAACAGAAAAUCAUACAAAAAUUUCCCUAAAUGUUAUGGAGACCAAUCUAAAAUGGCGUUAUGAAACUUUCUUAAAUGCAAUUAGAGAAGAGAAACCAUUCGAGUCAUUGCUAAUAAUACAUCAGCAACAAUACAAGGAAAAGGAAAUAUUGGAAAUAUUUACCAAAUAUCAAGCUGAUGAGGUGCCAAAAUGUAUCACCAUGGAGAGUAAUCUUCAAAGCAGUUACAAGUCUUUUUUCAAUUCGGAAAUUCUUGCCAUUAUUUUAAUGGCAGACAGAGUGGGUCGCGAUUUAAUGCAUAACUUAGCCCAGACCUUGGAUUAUAUGCGGCAGACCAGAGUUUUUAUGGUUAUUACAAACAUCAAUAACUUCGAACUCUUCAAGGACAAAAUGUUGAACUUUUGUGAGACCUUAAAGCUGUCAAAUGUAUUGAUGAGCUUUCAUUCAAACUCAACUGACUCCUCCAUAAAAUUGUUCAGACUUAAACCUUACCCAAACUAUCACUGGCAGCUGGUAACAUCCUGGGGUGAUAAGCAGCAUCCCCUGUAUCCCCAACAUUGGCUCAACCUGCACAAUAAAACUCUGCUGACAUAUCCGGAUCAAUUCGCCCCCAAAACCUUGGUGUUUGCCGAUGAACAAGCACAACUUCACAUCAGCGGCUAUGUAGGCCUAUUGUUAACGGCAUUUGCGAAGCACUACAAUGCCCAUUUGCAGAUGUAUAAACCCUUGGUCGAGGGCCAUAUGGUGCACUUUAAAGACAUUGUACAAAUGGUAGCUGAUGGUCUGUUAGAUGUGCCCAUGUCAACCGAGGGUGGUGGUUCUGGCUCUUGGCAAAACAUGUCCGAUUAUAUUUUAGUGAAUAAGGCCGGCUUUAUGGUACCUUUAUCGACUCAGUUAAGCAUCAGCGAAAUAUUUGCUUUGCUAUUGGAUGGCUAUUUCUUUGGAUGCUUUCUAGUCUUCUCUUUGCUGCUUUCGUUUGCUCUUGCCCUAACCGAUCUCUUGUUUGAGGGCACUUUGGAGUAUUUGAAUUUUGUCAUCAACUCCAAGGUAAUGCCUGGCGUAUUGGGUCAAGCCUUUGUAAACCAUUUCACCAAAUUAAUUGGCCUGCGCAUGCUAUAUUUCUUCAUAGGCUUUGUGGGCCUAAACAUCUCCACUCAGUUUGCGGCAAAUAUCAACAGUCUGUUUACAUCUCCACCCUAUCACAAGCAAUUGGAAACAUUCAGCGAUUUGGAACAUUCAAACAUUAAACUUCUGAUACAGGCUCCGGAUCUUGUAAUCAUGUAUGCCUGGGUAGAGGAAAAUCCAAAUAUUUUCAUAUCAACACAGAAUAGUACCGAGUUUCUAACUGCACGUCUAAAUUUGAAUACCUCCCAUGGCUAUGUUAUCCAAUCCGAAUUGUGGGAAAUGUAUAAUCGCAGGCAAGAAUAUUUUCGACGUAAGGUUUUCCAUACCACCCCCCAUUUGAACUUUGCCAGCUUGAUGAUGUGGGGUCUACCAUUGCAAAAAGACUCGUUAUAUAGAGAGGCCCUAAAUCACUUUAUACAGAAUGUUCAUAAUGCGGGUUUGAUGAACGCUUGGCGAAUGCAGACCUAUUUGGAUAUGUCAAAAUUGAAAAGAUUACCCAUGCAUGAUCCCAAUCAGGAAGAGCAAUCGAAAGUUCUCAAAGUGUUCGAUUUCUUAUGGGUAUGGACUCUCUUGGCUAUAGGUUGGCUCAGCAGUUUACUGGCUUUUCUUAUGGAGUUGCUCAUUCAUCGUGUUUGUGGUAGGAAAAGUAAUUAG